GCGGCGGCGCGGGGCCGAGCGCGCCCCGGAGCUGCCCUGCGUCCCCGCGGCGGAGCGCUGCGGCCUGGGCGCCCGUGGGGCGGGGGCGUCUGCGUGCCCAGGCGCUCCCCCUGCCCGCGGGGGGCGGCCCCGGGCCCGGGCGGCCGGCGAGGGCGAGCCCGGGACUGAGCAGCCGGAGCGGGCCGACAGCCGGCGCUGGAGCGGGACCGGAGGCGCCCCUCCCAGGUCGCUGCCCGGGGCUCCGGGGCCGAGUGUACCCGGGAGCUUUCCAGCGGGCCUCGGUGGAGACGUGACCCUGCCAGCUCAGCUCUGAAGAGGCUUUGGAAAGUAGAGAAGAAAAUCCAGUCUGCUUUUUGGGGGACAUUGGACAGCCGAAUAAAUGCAGUAUCUAAAUAUAAAAGAGGACUGCAAUGCCAUGGCUUUCUGUGCUAAAAUGAGAAGCUCCAAGAAGACGGAGGUGAACCAGGAGGCCCCGGAACCAGGGCUGGAGGUGCUCUUCUACCUGUCGGAUAGGGAGCCCCUCCGGCUGGGCCGCGGGGAGUACACGGCCGAGGAGCUGUGCAUCAGGGCCGCGCAGGAGUGCUGCAUCUCUCCUCUGUGUCACAACCUCUUUGCCCUGUAUGAUGAGAACACCAGGCUCUGGUCUGCUCCCAACCGCACCAUCACGGUGGACGACAAGACGUGCCUCCGGCUCCAUUACCGGAUGAGGUUCUAUUUCACCAACUGGCAUGGGACCAACGAUAAUGAGCAGUCUGUAUGGCGCCAUUCUCCAAAGAAGCAGAAAAAUGGCUACGAUAAAAAGAAAGUUACAGAUGCAACCCCUCUCCUCGACGCCAGCUCACUGGAGUAUCUGUUUGCUCAGGGACAGUAUGAUUUGGUCAAAUGCCUGGCUCCCAUUCGAGACCCCAAGACUGAGCAGGAUGGGCACGACAUUGAGAAUGAGUGCCUGGGAAUGGCUGUCCUAGCCAUCUCGCACUAUGCCAUGAUGAAGAAGAUGCAGUUGCCAGAGCUUCCCAAGGACAUCAGCUACAAGCGAUAUAUUCCAGAAACAUUGAAUAAGUCCAUCAGACAGAGGAACCUUCUCACCAGGAUGCGGAUAAAUAAUGUUUUCAAGGAUUUCCUAAAGGAAUUUAACAACAAGACCAUUUGUGACAGCAGCGUGUCCAUGCACGACCUGAAGGUGAAGUACCUGGCCACCUUGGAAACUUUGACAAAACAUUAUGGUGCUGAAAUAUUUGAGACUUCCGAGUUACUGAUUUCAUCAGAAAAUGAGAUGAAUCGAUUUCAUCUGAAUGACAGUGGAAACAUUCUCUACUAUGAAGUGAUGGUGACUGGAAAUCUUGGAAUCCAGUGGAGGCAGAAACCAAAUGUUGUUCCUGUUGAAAAGGAAAAAAAUAAACUGAAACGGAAAAAACUGGAAAAUAAAUACAAGAAGGAUGAGGAGAAAAACAAAAUCCGGGAAGAGUGGAACAAUUUUUCUUACUUCCCUGAAAUUACUCACGUUGUAAUCAAGGAGUCUGUGGUCAGCAUUAAUAAACAAGACAACAAAAAAAUGGAACUGAAGCUCUCUUCCCACGAGGAGGCCUUGUCCUUUGUGUCCCUGGUAGAUGGCUACUUUCGGCUCACGGCAGACGCCCAUCAUUACCUCUGCACCGACGUGGCUCCCCCGUUGAUCGUCCACAACAUACAGAAUGGCUGUCACGGUCCAAUCUGCACAGAAUAUGCCAUCAAUAAACUGCGGCAAGAAGGAGGCGAGGAGGGCAUGUACGUGCUGCGCUGGAGCUGUACCGACUUUGACAACAUCCUCAUGACCGUCACCUGCUUUGAAAAGUCUGAGGUGCUGGGUGGCCAGAAACAGUUCAAGAACUUUCAGAUCGAGGUGCAGAAGGGCUGCUACAGCCUGCACGGCUCGGACCGCAGCUUCCCCAGCCUCGGGGACCUCAUGAGCCACCUCAAGAAGCAGAUCCUGCGCACGGACAACAUCAGCUUUGUGCUGAAGCGCUGCUGCCAGCCUAAGCCCCGAGAAAUCUCCAAUCUGCUGGUGGCUACUAAGAAAGCCCAGGAGUGGCAGCCUGUCUACCCCAUGAGCCAGCUGAGUUUCGAUCGGAUCCUCAAGAAGGAUAUUGUGCAAGGUGAGCACCUCGGCAGAGGCACGCGGACGCAUAUCUACUCUGGGACCCUAGUGGACUACAGGGAUGACGAAGGAACCCCGGAAGAGAAGCGAAUAAAAGUGAUCCUCAAAGUCUUGGAUCCCAGCCACAGGGACAUUUCUCUGGCCUUCUUCGAGGCAGCCAGCAUGAUGAGACAGGUCUCCCACAAACACAUCGUGUACCUCUAUGGCGUCUGUGUCCGAGAUGUGGAGAAUAUCAUGGUGGAAGAGUUUGUAGAGGGAGGGCCCCUGGAUCUCUUCAUGCACCGGAAGAGUGAUGUCCUCACCACACCGUGGAAGUUUAACGUCGCCAAACAGCUGGCCAGUGCCCUGAGUUACUUGGAGGAUAAAGACUUGGUCCAUGGAAACGUGUGCACUAAAAACCUCCUCCUGGCCCGCGAGGGCAUCGACAGUGAGUGCGGCCCGUUCAUCAAGCUCAGUGACCCCGGCAUCCCCAUCACUGUGCUGUCCAGGCAAGAGCGUUUAGAGCGAAUCCCGUGGAUUGCCCCGGAGUGUGUGGAUGACUCCAAGAACCUGAGCGUGGCCGCUGACAAGUGGAGCUUUGGGACCACGCUCUGGGAGAUCUGCUACAACGGCGAGAUCCCCCUGAAGGACAAGACCCUGAUCGAGAAAGAGAGGUUCUAUGAAAGCCGGUGCAGGCCAGUGACACCAUCUUGUAAGGAGCUGGCUGACCUGAUGACCCGCUGCAUGAACUAUGACCCUAAUCAGAGGCCCUUCUUCCGAGCCAUCAUGAGAGACAUCAAUAAGCUGGAGGAGCAGAAUCCAGACAUUGUUUCAGAAAGAAAGCCAGCAGCUGAAGUGGAUCCCACACAUUUUGAAAAGCGGUUCUUAAAAAGGAUCCGUGACUUGGGAGAGGGCCACUUUGGCAAGGUCGAGCUCUGCAGGUAUGACCCUGAGGGCGACAAUACUGGGGAGCAGGUGGCUGUCAAAUCCCUGAAGCCUGAGAGUGGAGGUAACCACAUAGCUGAUCUGAAGAAAGAGAUCGAGAUCCUAAGGAACCUCUACCAUGAAAACAUUGUGAAGUACAAAGGCAUCUGCACAGAGGACGGAGGAAAUGGUAUUAAGCUCAUCAUGGAAUUUCUGCCUUCCGGAAGCCUUAAGGAAUAUCUUCCAAAGAAUAAAAACAAAAUUAACCUCAAACAGCAGUUAAAAUACGCCGUUCAGAUUUGUAAGGGCAUGGACUAUCUGGGUUCUCAGCAGUACGUUCACCGCGACUUAGCAGCAAGAAAUGUCCUCGUUGAGAGUGAGCACCAAGUGAAAAUCGGAGACUUCGGUUUAACCAAAGCCAUCGAGAGGGAUAAAGAGUACUACACGGUCAAGGAUGAUCGGGACAGCCCUGUGUUCUGGUAUGCUCCAGAAUGUUUGAUUCAGUGUAAAUUUUACAUCGCCUCUGACGUCUGGUCUUUUGGAGUGACUCUGCACGAGCUGCUCACCUACUGCGACUCGGACUCCAGUCCCAUGGCGUUGUUCCUGAAAAUGAUAGGCCCCACUCAUGGCCAGAUGACAGUGACGAGGCUCGUGAACACACUGAAAGAGGGGAAGCGCCUGCCUUGUCCACCCCACUGUCCAGAUGAGGUUUAUCAGCUUAUGAGAAAAUGCUGGGAGUUCCAGCCAUCCAGUCGCACCACCUUUCAGAACCUUAUUGAGGGCUUUGAAGCGCUUUUAAAAUAAGCACGAGUAACGUCUGAAUCCCACCGCGUGUCAAGUCCUCCUCCCCUGACAAAUACCCAAACCAUUUAAAACAUUUUUUCUUUAAUGGGAACGUUUGUAUUCUGUCUAAAAGAUACUCGGGUACGUAUCCAUGUACAGGCACACUGUGGUGCUCAAUAUGUGUAAGUACUUCCUCUUUAAAUUUGGCACCAGUAACAGUGACAAAUAAUGACAACCCAGUAUAGCAAGCACUCCUCCUUUGGGAAAGAAUCUCUCUCCAUUUCGUUUGGCUGGUUGACCAUCACAGCUGUGUAUCAGCAUUUCAAAAUGAGGAGCUGACCCAAGUAUGGUCCCAAGGUGAUUGCUGUCUCUCCGCUGCUAGUUGAGCUGAAACAUUUUUCUGGCACGUAAGGAUUGACGGACUUAGCCAGUACUCUAACAGGCCCUCAAAUUUCAGUAUCUAUACAGCGACAGACCCAGCAUUCUUGAAAUAUUAGAUACAGUUAGUGUAGUAGUGUUUCUCUACAAAGAUGAGUGUGUUCCUGUCACCAGUAGGGCUUAAACUGUGAGUUCUUUCUCCAGUGGCUUAGCUCCUGCCCCCUCGGGUGACCAGUGGCUUAGCUCCUGCCCCCUCGGGUGACCAGUGGCUUAGCUCCUGCCCCCUCGGGUGACCAGUGGCUUAGCUCCUGCCCCCUUGGGUGACCAGUGGCUUAGCUCCUGCCCCCUUGGGUGACCAGUGGUACCCAUUUUUGAGAAAACUGGUCAUACCCAGGGUGACAGCUGUGGAGCAGAUACUUUGCUGCAUGAUGUUAAUUCUUGAGAACUCAGCCUAUGCCCUUGCUUUCCUAAACAGUAUACCUUGAAUCAGAAGUGAUUCCAAGAACCUGGAUGCUAUCAUACAUGCUUUUAAGAACUGUCAGUGUAUAGCCUUUGAUAACUCUAUACCACUUGGGGCAAGCUGUUCCAGCAUUGGUUUUGGAUGCUGUAUGCAACCAAAUCAGAAUACAUACCACAUCCAUUGCACUGUUCUUUCUUAGUUUCAGUACUUACCAUCCAUCUACAAGAUUUUGACCAUCACCCGAUCGCACAAAACUUGAAAGAAAAAAGACCCAGCUUAGAGGCAACAUGGAGUUCAGGAUCCACUAGACAGUUUUCACUCUGCUUGGAGGUAGCUGGGUAAUCAAAAAUAGCUAAUCUCUGAUUCAAUGUGAACCAUAAGAUCUUUAAGACCAAGAGUCUGAAAAACUUUGUUAAUGCUGUCUAGCAUUUGUUUGUUGAUGUCAUUACUUUGAGCCUGAAAAAGUUCUGGAUUGAUUCAGUGGCAACAAUAAACUCGCCAUUUAAAUUUGUUCAAUAACCCUCCAUCACCAAGGUAUCUGUCUGUGUCGAACCUGUGGCCACUCUAUAUGCACUUUGUUUACUCUUUAUACAAAUAAAUAUGCUAGAGACUUCA